AUGAUCACCAAGAAAAGCAGUCAAAUCGAGCAAAAAAUCUCGCUGGAAAUCACAAAAGACGGAAAACCUGUCGAAAGCGUGUUCGUCGGCGAAAACCUCAUAGCCACCGUCAAAUCCAACAUGUCUGCCUCUUCGAUGCGCGUCGUCGAUUGCACCGCGCAUCGAGUUGGCGGCAAAACUCCAGCUUCAGUUAACCUCAUCGCCGAUGGUUGUGCUCUCCUUCCAUCAAUCAUGUCACCAAUGAAAAUGACGCCGAAUGGCUGGCAGAGUUCACUUUCAGCAUUUCGAAUCGAUGGUUCGGAGCAAAUUGAUAUUGUUUGCAUUUUGAAUAUGUGUGAAAAUGGGAGUUGUGAUGAGUUGAAGUGUCCACCAAUAACAUCGGAAAGAUUGGCGAGAAGAUCUUUAUCCAAUGAUGAAACAUCAAUUCGAGUUGAUCGACGAUUAUCUGUGAAAGUUGAGGAGAAACACGCGGAUGGUCAAAUGUUCCAGGCGAUUUGUAUUGAACCACAUUUAUAUCUUCCGGGGAUUGCGUUGUUUUUUGGAAGUCUUUUUUCGAUCGCAAUUUCGAUUAUUCUGACUUUUCGGAAAAAUCGGAGACAUGAUGCACAGGUUGAACAAUUAUUGUGAGUUUUAGGGUAGAUUUGGAGUGGGUUCUAGGCGCGGCUCCUUGAAAACCUGGUUCUCUAGGCUCAGCUACUUGACAAUUAGGUUCUCUAGGCGCUGAUCCUUGAAAACCGGUUCUCUAGGCGUCAAUCCUUGCCAGAGUAGGUCUCUAGGUGCGGCUACUUGACAACUAGAAUCUCUAGGCGCGGCUACUUGAAAACCAGGCUUUCUCGGCUCAGCUUCUUGACAACUAGAAUCUCUAGGCUCAGCUUCUUGACAGCUAGGCUCUCUAGGCUCAGCUACUUGACAGCUAGGCUCUCUAUGCUCGGCUACUUGAGAACUAGGAUCUAUAGGCGCUACACCUUGAGAGUCAGGUUCUCUAGGAUCGGCUACUUCAAAACUAGGUUCUCUAGGCUCAGCUACUUGACAGCUAGGCUCUCUAGGAGCUGAUCUUUGAAAACCCGAUUCUCUAGGCUCAGCUACUUGAAAACUAGGUUCUCUAGGCGCUGCUCCUAGGAAAUUGGGUUCUCUAGGCUCGGCUACUUGACAACUAGGAUCUCUAGACUCGGCUACUUGAAAACUAGGAUCUCUAGGCUCAGCUACUUGAGAAUCAUGUUUUCUAGGCUCAGCUACUUCAAAACUAGGUUCUCUAGGCGUCGCUACUUGUAAACCAGGCUUUCUCGGCUCAGCUCCUUGAAAACCUGGUUCUCUAGGCGGUGUUGCUUGAAAACCAGGCUUUCUCGGCUCAGCUUCUUGACAACUAGAAUCUCUAGGCUCAGCUUCUUGACAGCUAGGCUCUCUAGGCGCGGCUGCUUGAAAACCAGGUUCUCUAGGCGCUGCUACUUCAAAACCAGGUUCUCUAGGCGCGGCUACUUGACAGCUAGGCUCUCUAGGCUCGGCUACUUGAAAACCAGUCUUUCUAGGCUCGGCUACUUGACAACUAGGUUCUCAAGGUGCGGCUGCUCAACAACUACGGUCCCUAGGCGCUACUACUUCAAAACCAGGUUCUCUAGGCUCACCUACUUGAGAACUAGGAUCUAUGGAGGCUCAGGAAGUUUAUCUAUGUCAAUUUUUGCACUCCGGAGCACAAAAUUUAAAUUUAGAGCUCAAUAAUUGCAUUCUAAAUCAAUUUCCGAGAUUCUGGAGCUAAUCAAUGAGCUCCAGAAUUUUCCAAAAUCCAAUUUUUCUUCCAGACAAUACCGAACUUCUCUUCCUGCCGAAAUAAUUGGACCGAAAUAUAUCAAAACAUCAUCUGAAAAUUAA